ACGCUCUAAAGAUAUGGACCAUCUUCCACUCUUUCCUCCACUUGUUACUUGCGUGCCUCGUGCCAAUGAGAACCCACUCCGUCAAACUCCGAAGUCUACCUUGCUCUAGGAUAGAGCUACUUCGAGCAAACCUCUCAAGCAGAAAAAAAUCACAACGAACUUGAUUUUAAGAUACUAGCCACCCCAAGGUUUGACAAAUUCGGUCUCAAGACUUAUGGGUUGGGAUUGCUACGAGAUUUUCUAAAAUUCAGUCACCUAACUCGAUAUAAAGUAGUGAGAUAUUGAUAACACAUAGUAAGGGCGUGAGGGGCUGGGUCUGGGAAAGGGGGCAGGAAGAGCAUGCUCAGGGAAUCAGUGACUCAACACACUGGGCUGCUGCGAGUUCCAAGUAGAAAGCUGCGACGUACUCAGAGCCUGGUUGCAGCGAUGUGCAGGUAGGCAGCGCGGAGCGUAGGUACUGUUCACUUCCGUAUUGAUUCUAGAAGGACUAUCUAGCAACAGGCGGCACGAAACGAGGAGGAGGGAGAGGACAAAAGCGAAGCUCUUUUGCAACACAUUCAUGACUGUGUUUCAGUAGCAACAACAACAACAGCACAUGCGCGAAGUGCAUUCAGACCUCGCUUUCACAUCUCGAAUUAUUUCUGCAGCAGAAUUCUCGGCUCCGUAGUUUGGUGCAGUGCUGUCACGUAUCACAGUCCUACUGUUGGUACGUUGUUUGUGAUAAGAUAGUGAAGCGAGAGAAAUGUGAGAGAGCCCGAGGGAAUAAGAAAGAUUUGCAACCUUCGUUGAGAACUGCAAUCUCUGUGAGGUACAGUCGAAGUGAAGUGGACGAGGUAAUUUAAGAAGGAAUCGAUCGGGAGAGUACUGAGGAUUUAGAGUUGUGGGGAAGUAGGUAGCUACAUGCGGACUUCAAGAGCAUGUCCUUUCAUGUGCAGUAGAGGUUGGGAAUUGGUGGCGCAGGGAAACAAUGAGCGGAAACGCUGGGAGGAGUGGUGGAGUUGCAGGGAGCGGAUUGGGGUAGAGAGUAUGGUCAAGAAGAAGGUGAGACUGGUGGUGCGCGCGAAUGUGACAGUUGAGAAAAGUGAUAAGCAGGUGAGAUUGUUGACAGAAGCUGGAGGAGCGGCGGGGACGCUCGGGUGUUUAGAACUGUCCGGGAGACUGGACACCAGGUCCAAUGGCAAAGUAACCAGCUUAGGGACGCAAAGAGGUCGCGUGGUGGUCAUUGCGGGUCCGACCGCCGUCGGCAAGUCGCGCGUCGCUAUUGCAUUGGCCAAGCAGCUCCGUGGGGAAAUCAUCAGUGCUGACUCGAUACAGGUUUACAAAGGUAUGAACGUCGGAAGUGCCAAGACGCCACUGCUGGAGCGUGAGGGAGUCCCCCACCACCUGCUUGACAUGAUUUCUCCUAUGGAAGGGACAGAAUACUCAGCCAGUCGAUUCCUAAAAGACGCUAGAGCUGCCACGAAGAUGGUGCUCGAUAGUGGACACGUCCCCAUUGUAGUGGGCGGCACAUGCACUUACCUGCACUGGUAUAUGAACGGAGAGGCUAGAGCGCCGAAACCUUCUCCAAAGUCUAAUGCAGCCAACAAAGAGAGAAUUGAACGCUUGGUCGACCGCCCGGGGGACUGGGAGUUUGCCGUGCACACACUUGCGCAAGCUGGUGAUCCCGCCACUGCGUACAGCUUAUGUCGAAACGAUUGGCCCCGCCUGCGCCGAGCUCUCGAGGGAAUCCUGAUCUCUGGGCAGUCUGGAGGGGUCUCUACCAAGCCCCACAAUUACACGCUCGACAACAUGGACAUUCCGGAGUGGGACUACGACUACGAUUUCCAGUGCUACUUCUUGUAUCAGAAUCGUGCGGAACUUUACCGUUGGAUCGAUCUCCGCUGCGAGCAGAUGAUUGCAGAACCCCAGGGUUUGUUACAAGAAGCAUCGUGGCUCCUCGAUCUCGGACUGUUGCCUAACACUAGUUCAGCAUCGCGUGGAAUCGGCUACCAAGAAUGGAUGGUUGUGAUGAAACAGGCGAUGGAGUUUCUGGUGGAAUGUCGAGGUACUGGGGGAAUUACCACUGAGGAGAAGUUCCUGGCCUUUCUUUCCGGAUUUCAGCAUGUUUCAAGAAGCCUGGUGAAGAAGCAACUAAGAUGGUUCCGAAGCAGUCACGACAGUGCCGUGAAGCAGUUCCACUGGAUCGAUGCAUCCCAGCCAACGGACCAGAUUUUGGAAGCUUUGAGAGCAGAGUAUUUGCGAAGGCCUGGCUACCCUUCUGAAUUGAAAGGAAGCAAUGCUCUGAUAGACGCCAGUUACAAGGAGGGCAAAACACUGAAGUACUAUGAUGCUAAGAACAGGAUUUUUACAAGCUCGUCAACAAUCGCGCCUGUGUUGAGAUGGGUGAAGAAGACACAAGGAGAUCUAAGACCAAUUCCACGGAGAUUUGUUACAGUUUGAUUACUCUCAAAUAAAUUUCUGGGGACCACUUAACCAUAUAAUCGAGUUAUCGUCGUCCCUCAUAGUGUUCCAUUUUAAGGGAAGCUCUAUGUUAAAAAAUUAAAAUUACUUCUGCAAGCCAAAGUAACAUAAUGUUUCUCAGUAGACUAGUAUGUGUAAUGUUACGCAUUUUAGAUGCAGUUUAGAUAAGCUACACUUUUCUUCAGUUCCCGAGAUUCUUCGAAGACAAUCUGUACAUACCACAUUCUCAUUCAAACCACAAAUCUGUGAAUAGAACUGCUGUUGCCUCUUUCAAGCGGUUCACCCUAGUGCAUUUUCAAUUGACACUGGAUUUCAUGAA